UUCCGGAUUUUAGUGCGAAAGAAAGUGUUAAAUCAUGUUAAAAUGAAGCACAGUUGGAAACAUUGGUGCCGGCUUUGUGCGGAGGAGAAGACCGACUACGUGCUGGACUCGAUCGAGGAUAUCAGCCCUAUCUACCGGCACUUGCAGUUAUCUCUGUACGAAAUCAAGGAUUUAAAGAUACGGAUAUGUGAAACAUGUUACGAGUUUGUUCAAAAACUCGAUCCUUUUAAACACCGGUUUGAGCAAACCAACGGGCUGUUUACGUAUCUUGCCAACUACAGCAAAAUGAAGCUGGACAACCUGGACAUCAACGAGAUACGCGCUCGCUAUCUUGGGGAUAUGUUCGAUGACGAUGCUCCCGAGAUGCUGCUGCCUCAUUCGGAUUUGGAAGAUAAGGGUUUGGUAAAUGCGAGUUCUUUGGAUGAAAUCGUACUGAUGGAGCAUAUCGCUGAUGAUGAACCAAACGGUGAAGUUGUUCAAUCGAAUAUCGAGAUCAUAAAAGAUGAAGAUAUGCAGGAGAGCUACUUAAAUGAUGAAGAACCGUGGGGUGAUGGCGGUAUUCGGAUUACAGAAUCCCCUAUCGAGAACAACCAAUCGAAUGAAGUGGAAUACAUCGAUCCUGAAAGUACAGCGGAAGAAGAGAAACCAAUUCGCAAAACAAGAUCGCAAAUUGGGAAAAGGAAAACGGUAAAACGACUCAAGGGUAAGAAGAAAACGAUCAAACAGAAAACAAAGGGAGCUCUUGAUCCAGUUGAAUAUGAGGAAGGCCCAACAUUCGAGAUAUUGGAGAGCGGCAGUAUAAAAGAAAUGUUCGAGUGUAAAAAAUGUUCGGAAAAGUUUACUAACAAACAGUCGCUGGAAAAACACAUCAAUGUACACAUAACGGAGAAUGCAGUUGGAACGUUUUCAUGCUGCCUUUGUGACAAAACUUUCCUGAAACAAGGAAGCGUCAAACAUCACAUACUGGUGAACCAUCAUGAAUUCAGGACGUUCGUCUGUGAAGAAUGUGGCAAACCGUUCGCUACCAGAAGUGCCUUGAAGGAGCAUCUUAUAGUGCACAGCGACGAGAUGCCGUACCAGUGUGCGUUUUGUGCAAAGCGGUUCAAGAACUCGGGUCGUUUGAAGACUCACGAGGACACUCACAAUGAGACGAUGUAUGUAUGUCCGCAUUGUGGGCUGAAGCUGAACACGAGACGUACUCUAAACAUGCACCUGGUUGUGCACUCGGACAUGAAGAAAUUCAAGUGCCAGUACUGUGGAAACGAAUACAAACGGGGCAAGGCACUGAAGGCCCACCUGAUACUGCAUACCGGUCUGCGGCCGUACACAUGCCCGUUUUGUGAUAAAACCUUUACCAACGGUUCUAACUGCCGGAGCCACAAGAAAAAGUUUCACCCGAAGGAACUGGCAGAGCUGGAAGCAUCGGGAGGACAGAUUCCUACUGUCAACAUUCCGAAGCUGGAGCAGUUGCAACCAAAGACUUCAGACAAUGACAGUAAAAGCUCAGUGGUAUUGAAUUAUGAGGGCAAAGAGUUGAUAGUAAUGAAAGGCAAAGAUACUCACGUGCCCGAUACCGGCUGUACAGAUAGUGUAAUUUCUCCUGUCCCAGUCGACCUGGAAGCUAAUAUCGAUAACUCGUUCGGUCAAUACAAGAUAGAGGUGCAAGAAUAGUUUUACAAACACAGUGGCACCUGUUCAAGGUAGUAACUAGUCUAGAUGGUACAUUUUGUUUACUUGUCUUUUGUUAAGUAGUAAAGAUUAUUACGUUUUUUUGCAGGUAACACUUACUUCUUUUGCGAUAAUAGUAACUGAGAAUAGUCCUUUCAGGAUAUAAUAGGUUCAAUAACUAUAUUAUAAGAACUACUGUAUAUUAAGAACAAAACUGAAAUAGAAAGACAUUAGAGAAACUCCGCCGUAUUUAUAUUUAGAUUUAUGUUCAUUUGAUUCUACAUAACGAAACACCUAAAUCAGGAUGAGGCAUCCAUUUUGGAGAGGUAAUAAAUAUUGUUUGCA